GGGCUGGGAGUGGCUGAGGAAGGUGGGGAGCGGAGCGAGCGGGGAGGGGCGCUUGCCAGUGCAGCGCCGGGCGGGACGGGAUGAGGCAGUGAGGAGACUCAGCGCUCGGCCAGACCGGGUAGCAUGGGGGAGCCGGUGAUGGCGCCAGCUCUGGAGACCUGCCGCGCAGGUGCUGUUCUUUCUUUGAUUUGUCAUGACUCUUAUGAAGCAUUGUGCCAGAUCAUCAACGUGUCAGAAACACAGGCCUCUUUCUUUACCUAUCCAGACAGUCAUUCCAAUGAAACAAACCUGAGUGUUUCCACAUCUGCAGGAAGCAAAUAUAGGCUCUAUGUAGGUGUAGCUUUGGCAAUAGGUUCUAGUAUUUUUGUUGGUUCCAGCUUUAUACUGAAAAAGAAGGGCCUUCUGCAACUGGCUGACAAGGGAGUCACCAGAGCUGGAGAAGGUGGAUAUUCUUAUUUGAAAGAAUGGCUCUGGUGGGCAGGAUUACUUUCAAUGGGAAUAGGGGAGGCUGCCAACUUUGCUGCCUAUGCCUUCGCACCUGCAACCUUGGUUACCCCCUUGGGUGCACUGAGUGUUCUUAUAAGUGCAAUAUUGUCUUCCUAUUUUUUAAAUGAAAAGCUGAAUGUUCAUGGGAAAUUAGGCUGUAUAUUGAGCAUAUUGGGGUCAACUGUGAUGGUUAUUCAUGCCCCUGAAGAAGAGGAAGUCACUUCUUUAGAUGAAAUGGAAAUUAAACUGAAAGAUCCAGUGUUUAUUGCAUUUGCCGUGGUUAUAAGUGUGGUCUCCCUCGUGCUGAUUUUUGUUGUGGCUCCAAGGAAAGGUCAGACAAAUAUACUAGUCUACAUAUCCAUUUGUUCAGUGAUUGGUGCCUUCUCCGUCUCAUCUGUCAAGGGCCUUGGUAUUGCCAUUAAAGAAAUACUGGAGCAGAAGCCGGUUCACCAACAUCCAUUGGUUUAUAUUUUGGUGGCGACUUUAGUGCUUUCAGUCAGCACUCAGAUCAACUAUCUUAACAAAGCAUUGGACAUGUUUAAUACAUCUCUAGUGACACCUAUUUAUUAUGUGUGUUUCACCACUACAGUUGUGACGUGUUCCAUCAUCCUAUUUAAAGAAUGGAAUAGCAUGGACCUAGGUGAUAUCAUUGGCAGUCUCAGUGGAUUCUUCACCAUAAUUAUAGGCAUUUUCCUUUUGCAUGCUUUCAAAAAUACUAAUAUUACCAUGAAGCAACUGACGUCCACUGCUAUAAAAGAACCCUCAUUGCCUCUGCAUAGAUAUGAUGCUCAUCAUACUUUAUUGGAGAACAUGGAGAGCCCAACCUUGGCAUAUGAGGAUGACAAUACUUUAUUCCGUCGAGGAAAUGCUCAGGAAGCUAUGUGCCAUUAAAAUAUCUAGAAAAGUAAAACAGAUCCACUAUGUCAAUCAGAACUGCCUUUGCUUUUUUCCUGCAAAAAAUCCCCACCCUAUUUAUGAAGUGAGAAAAAUAUUGGCAACAACACUGUAUAGUUGGAGAAAGAGAUAAGACACUAUGAUGCUAGUUAUCGAUUAUAUACAACAGUUUUCUAUUCAACGCCGUAAAUAGAAACCUGGUUGAGACCAUUUUUCAUUGCCCAUAUCUCUGACAGUAUGAGUUUCUUCAGUCUCCUUACUGUGGUUUUGUCAAUCGGAAGACUUUCUUUUCAGCUGAAGAAUUGCAAUAUAUUUUUAUAAAGUGCCAUUUUCCUUCAUAAUAUGGGGAAUAAACAGUUUUAUUGAGAAAAGAGGCACUCUAUAGCUAUAUUAGUAAAGGCAUUACUAGAAAAUAUGACCAUUUAAAAAACUGAAAUGCUUAAUAUAUAAUUAGUGUUAUAUAAUACAACUUUGAAGCCAUCCAUUAACAGAUGUCCUGAAGAAAACUCUGACUUCCCCCGAUAACAGUUAUACACUAAAACUUAAUUUGUUUAAAUGAGGACUUCAUUUGUGAGCAUUGAACCCAGUACAGAUAUUUUGAUAUUUAUAAAAAAACCUACAUUUGUAGCAGUUUUCUGAUAUCUAAUUUCUGCAAACUUUUCCUAUUUUCCUCUGUUAGUUUUUGUUUCUUGACAUUAAAGUCAAGUUCUUCUAACUGGGAUGCUUAUACCUUUAUAACGUCUUUCUCUACCUUUCUUAUGGCCAAGAAUCUCCCGAAACUGAAUAAUAUUUUUUUGGCUAAAAAUAAGUGCAUACAAGUUUUCAGUAAGACAAAAACAACUUAUUUCAUGGAAGGCAGGCAAUAUGUGCUCAAACUCUUCCAAAUGGCAAAAUCUCUUCAUGCUUUCCAUAAGCCUUCCAAUAGUAAUGAAAGCAAUACUCAGUAUGUGACAUCAUGCAGCUCAGCAAAAGGUCAUCUAAAGUAGAGUUGCUGGAUUGAUGCUUUGACUAGAAUAUAUAACAUUUACUUUAAACAUAGAUUUUGUCUUACUAAUUAUUUCAGACUUUGUUUCAACAAUUAAGAAUAACUGCUAAUGAUUCCUGUCUGGAAGAGUAUGGACUCUUAAAUUAAAUGUAGUGGGCUUUGUGGUAUCUGUGCACAGGUGUGAGUGUGGCGGAGUGGCAAGUUACAGAAGCAGACUAAGUUCCUUCUUAUGCCUAAUAGCAAUGCAAAAGAAACAAUCUGAGCAAUACAUUUACACAGGACUGAAUGUUUUUCUAUAUAAAAACUAUAAAUGGAUAUGUCAACUAUUUCUAAUGCAUUGUAGUGCUGAAUGUGUAUUAGGCAAAAGGAAAACUAUAUAAUUUACUUUUUCUGUAUUGAGUGAUCAAGAAGCAUUCAAUCAUUGCAGGAAGUGAUUUGUCUAGCCCUAUUUUCUACAGCUACUUAUUAUUUGCCUCACAGAUGUUAACUUAUCUAAAAUAUCCCUCUUGAUGGCUAUCACCUAUGUUGUGAGAACCCGUAUGUCACAGAGUUGACCAUGAAACCUAUAAAAAAAACCCAGCUGAUCUGUGCAUUUUAUUGAACAAUUUCUUUUUAACUUCUUUUCCUGCUAUAUUAAGAGUCAGAAAGUGACUUCAACUAUAAAAAUGUAGGUCCAAUAGACUAGAAUGGUCAAGUUUUAUAGCUUCUCCUCAGCACAGCAUCACCAUGCAGCACGGCUUCCUUACUGAUUUCCAAGCCUCCUCCUCAGGAAUUGAUUUUAAGAUUUAACGAAUUGCUCAAAAAUCAUGUGCAACAAGGAAGCACAAAAACAUAGUUUGCAAUUUGAAGAAUGAAGUGUUGCUCUUUCUCCUUUUAUAAAGUAAACCUGUUCUUUGAAGUGCACUUUAGUGCAGAUGUAUAAGAAAGUUGAUUUAUUGACCUUAAAGAGUUCUUUAAUACAAAGAGUGUGUUUGUAUUUUGCAUAAUUUAUAAGGUUGUGUAUUUUAUUUAUUUUGAGAGGUAUUCUUAAUAUGUCUUAUUUGCUAAUGAUGAUGAUUUUCCCUUACUAUAACAAUGCUUUGAAAAUCAUCAAAACCAGACUAAUAAUGGUGUUCAGCACACAAAUUUAAAACCGUUUUAAACUUACUAUAUCGUUUAGCUUGGUUAUGAGGGUGAUUGGCACACAUUGCUACAACUGAUACAAUUUGUCAAUCAUUUGCUGAUUGCCUUUUUCCUCCUGUGAAAUACUAGUUUGAAGUGAUUGUCUAUCUGUACUCCUCCUCAAUGUGGUAUAUACAAUAUUACAGGAAAUGUUGGUAAUAUAAGAUGCUUUCUUGACUAUGAUAGUUCAGGAGCACAGCCUGUUAUGCUUCUCAAAAAAAGUCAUAUGUAAUAAUGCUGGAGUAGUUUUAACAAUGUUGCAUGAAACAGGAAAAGAUUCUUACAAAAAUUCUUCACACCUUGGAAAUACGAGUGUGCAUAUGGCUCUAGCUAUUCUUCAGAUAUUCAAAAUAACGAGAUGCUUCUAUUCAAUCCCAUUAUUAUUGGAGUUUUACUAGUCAGGUGUGUAAAAUCUAACGAUUCAGCACAAGAAGUGGGUAAUAUGUCACUGUAAAUUUACACCAUUAACUUUAGAGAGUUUGGCCUUUUAAUAAAAACUUACAUUGCUUCUCAGUGGAAUUUAAUUAAGCUGGUUAGAGCUUAAUAUUUAGGGGAAAAGUUGUACUUUUUUAAAAGGCAGUCUAUUGUCACAUUACUUGCCUGUGUUUUCACAAAUAACUAUCGCAAUUGUAUGUACAUAUGAUUAUUUGUCUGAACCAAUGCCCUGUUAAUAAAUGUACAGGCAUGACUGUUUUAAAAAAUGAACACAUACUUGUAUCUUUUGGCAUAUUAACGUAGGCUACCUAUUUUCAAACUUGGUGCUUACAAAAUCUGCUUGGUUGUCAUAGGUAUGCCAUAAGUCUCUUCUGAUGAACCUGCUUAGUUUGUAUUUAUACACAGUUAAUUUUAUUAAGAAAAACAACAUUUUUAUGUUCAUUCUUCUUUGAGUAUCAAAACAUCAAAAUUAAUUUAGUUUCAUUAUGUCCAAGAAUACUCUAAAGUGUCAAGAAACAAAUGAUUAUGGUUGUGUGCUGAUUUUGAUUCUUACAGUUAUUUUAAUGAAUUUUAAUAUAAAAAUUUUAUAUUUUUGUUGGAAAUGGUUAUUCUUAGUGAUUUAUCAGAAAGCAAAGGUUUUUAUAUGAAAAUAAAGAUAUUCUACUGUUUUAUCUUGUAAUGAACCACCUACUCCCACUUGGUGGAUUCUAUGCUUUCAGGUGAAUUGCUUGUCUCAGCAUACACUUUUUAAAGUUACAUGAAGUGUUUUUGAGGGGUGGAGGGCAAUGUUCCCACUACGCUUUUCCAUCCAUGUGUGGAUUUUUUCCCUCCACCUUUAGAAUAUAUUUUACAUGCAUUGAGGUAUGUGGAAAGGUGCACCUUUAAUAGCAACACAUCCUAACUGUGGGAGCUCUGCUAAUCUAUGGC